UGAACAAAUAGCGGAGGGGCAGCAGGGCCAGAACGGCUUGUGUAACUUUGCAAAUGUGCCAGAAAGUUUAAAAUCUCUCCUCCUUCCUUCACUCCAGACACUGCCCGCUCGCCGGGACCGCCGCGCCGCUCCCCGUCGCUUUCCAGAAGGACUGGGAAAGGGGAAAGACGGGUGCCACGUCCGAGGAGCUGCCCUGCCUGUCUAAAGGGUCUGCAGCCCACCGUUGGCACUGCUUUGUGGGUACUGAGAUAACGGCACUCUGCUCGCCUCCCUGUUUAAAGAUUUCUGCCUCCUUCGCGUGAUUUGAGUCCCGUUUUAACUUUUUCUGAGAGCCAAGACCUCCUAUAGAGGAGACAAUCCGGUGAAGAUGCGCUUCGCCUGGACCAUGCUCCUCCUGGGGCCGCUGCAGCUCUGCCCCCUCCUGCGCUGCGCCCCGCAGGCCCCUGGUCAGCAGCAACCACCGCGCGAGCCACCGGCGGCUCCGGGAGCCUGGAGCCAGAGGAUCCAAUGGGAGAACAACGGGCAGGUGUUCAGCUUGCUGAGUCUGGGCUCACAGUACCAGCCGCAGCGCCGCCGGGGCCCCAGUGCCGCCGCCGCUGGAACAGACGGUGCCGCCGCACCGCAGCCGCGCACGCCGAUCCUGCUGCUCCGGGACAAUCGCACGGCCGCAGCACGGGCGCGAACCGCCAGCUCGUCAGGGGUCGCCACAGGUCGCCCCAGGCCCGACGCCCGCCACUGGUUUCAAGCCGGCUACUCAUCUUCUGGGACCCGCGACGCUGGCGCCUCGCGCGCAGGUAACCGGACGGAGCCAGAACAGCUCCCGGAGCUCAGUAACCUGCGGCCGCCCAGCCACGUGGACCGCAUGGUGGGCGACGACCCGUACAACCCCUACAAGUAUUCUGACGACAACCCUUACUACAACUACUACGAUACGUAUGAGAGGCCCCGGCCUGGGAGCAGGUAUCGACCCGGAUACGGCACCGGCUAUUUUCAGUACGGUCUCCCGGACCUGGUGCCCGACCCUUACUACAUCCAAGCAUCCACAUACGUGCAGAAGAUGGCUAUGUACAACCUGAGAUGCGCUGCGGAAGAAAACUGUCUGGCCAGUUCAGCCUACAGAGCAGAUGUAAGAGAUUAUGAUCACAGGGUGCUGCUAAGAUUUCCCCAAAGAGUAAAAAACCAAGGAACAUCUGAUUUCUUACCAAGUCGUCCAAGAUAUUCCUGGGAAUGGCACAGUUGUCACCAACAUUACCACAGCAUGGACGAAUUCAGCCACUAUGAUCUGCUUGAUGCCAACACUCAGAGGAGAGUGGCUGAAGGUCACAAAGCAAGUUUCUGUCUUGAGGACACAUCCUGUGACUAUGGCUACCACAGACGCUUUGCAUGUACAGCACACACACAGGGGUUGAGUCCUGGCUGCUAUGAUACCUAUGCUGCAGACAUUGACUGCCAGUGGAUUGACAUUACAGAUGUACAACCUGGAAACUACAUUCUAAAGGUCAGUGUCAACCCCAGCUACCUGGUGCCUGAAUCAGACUAUACCAACAAUGUUGUGCGCUGUGACAUUCGCUACACAGGACAUCAUGCUUAUGCCUCAGGCUGUACGAUUUCACCGUAUUAGAAAGCAAGCUCAACUCCCAAUGGAUAAAUCAGUGCCUGGUGUUCGAAGUGGGAAAAAAUAGAUUAGCUUCAGUAGGGUCUACAUAUUUUGAAAAAAAGAGAACAGAAAACAAAAAAGGAAUUUUUGUUUGGACUGUUUUACAACAAAGCAAAUAACUGGAUUUGAACAUUUAAGUUGGAAUUAUUUAGAAAGUUUUAAAAUACUUCUUCACAGUACUUGUGAGUUAACACAAUGUUUCAAUUCCAUAGUUGCACAAUUGGCUAUUUCAAAGAAAUACAAAUGUCUUAUGUUCCUUUUGAAAUUCUGAUACAAAAGGGAAAAUAAUAUUUUGAAGAAUGAGCCAAAAUUGCUUUGAACUGAUUAUCCUCUAAAGUGCUGGAACUUGAGUGAAACAUAAUGGUAAUACGCUUGUAGGUGUUUUAGUGUAGAUUAAUUUAGAAAUGAUGAUCCUACUAUUUAAACAGAUAUGGACACAUUUGGUGCUGAGGAAGGAACAAACACAUUACUAUUGGUGUCAAGAAAUAUUAUAUAGCAGAGGAAUGGCAAUAUAUGUAUCCAGAUAGUUACAUCCCUAUAUAAAAAUUAUGUUUACAGUUUUUAAAUUAGUAGGUAACUUUCUUUCUGUCAAGGGCACAAUUUCAUUCUGAUUUGAGUCAACUUUUGUUUUGGAAUGAAUUAGGUAAUUGAGCUGCCCGAUUCCUGUCUGUUAUUUGUUGAUGCUCCUCUCCACUCUUAGUUUUUCUAUAGGCAGAGACAUUUUAAGUGGCAUUCUUAAAAUUACCAUUCUGAGGACUGAUCUACAUAGGACAUCUGUGUAACUCAGAAGUCAUUCUGAUGAUAGCUAGGAUACAUCCAGACAUGAUAUACAUUUAAGCAUAUUGAAGUGUAAGCCAAAUUAAAAUUUCCUUGCUGAUAUAAAAAUCAUACAAAAAGUCUCAAAAACCACACUGUCUCUCAAAUAUAAAAAAAAAAAGAAUGAUGAAAAACAUGUUAGGAUUUUCAACUUUUCUGCAUGUCUUAAAUUUUCAGCUAUUAAAAAGAGUAAUGCUAAAUAUCUUUAAAUUAUCCAGAACAGACGAUAUAGUAUGUGUGCACUAUGGGAAAAUCAUGCUAGGUUAUUCAGAAUUGGUCAUACAUGUUUUUGUGUGUCUUAAAUAUAGUCCAGAUUAACAAGGCACAUAGCAUUAUAUAUUUGAGGUGUGGAUAAGGGAAAAGAAAGUACUUUCUGCAAAACCAAGGAAUACUCCAUAAUGAGACAGCUGUGAUUUUUAUUUUAAACUGUGAAACUGUGUGCAACAACAGAAUUUGGAAAAUCUGUCUUUUUCUUAAAUUCAAAAAGUGCAGGAAGAAAUCAAGUUAGACUUUUAAGUUAAUGGUGCUUUAGGAGAAGUUUUUCCUAUAUUAAGCAGUGUUAAAAUCUCAAGUAAGACGUUUCCAGUACUAGAAUAUGUUAGGUAGAGUUUUAAAAGUGAGUUGGCAUCCUGUCAUAUAUGUCAUAGAGUUGUAAAGUCAACACCAAUUACGAAUAAUCAUUCUGCGCUCACUGGGUACACAGCAUGGUAAAAGGGAUGAGAGGUGGACAGUCAUCAAGGGACAGAUACAGUGGUAUGCAUUGUCCUUGUUUGUCAGAGCACACAAAGCAAAUACAGACAGAAUUUUCAUUGAGGUAGUAUUUGAGCUAUGAGAUAGGUUCUGUGAUGUACCUCUUUUUUCCUUAAAUUGCUUUUUAGUCUUAAGAUGGUAGAAUGAUCCUUUCCAAUUGUAAUCUUUUCUAAUAGAGAUAGUUUAAUAUACUUGCUUUAUUAAAUAACAAAAACUACUGUCAGUAUUAAUACUGAGCCAGACUGGCAUCUAUAGAUUUAACAUCUAUUGUUUCAUUAAGAUUAUUACCCCUGUAUUAUAAAUUAUCCAAUAUCAUGACCUUUGGAUGUAUAAGAGAAAUCACAUUUACAAUUAUUUCAGUGAGACCCUUUAUCUGUCUCUCCAUCCAUUGCCCUUUGAGGACCUAAUAAGCUAGAUACUCACAUGUAAGACAUUGAUACAUAAAAUAAUACUGUCCCUAACCUCAAUAAAUAUGAAAAAUGUCAUUAUCCAUUAGGUUCGCUUUAUUUCAUUUUUUAACAACCUACAGUACAUGUUUAUAACAUUUCAAUUUUAGGCACUAUUAUUUUUCAUGACAUGUUUUAAAAAAUAAGUUAACAGUUAAUGAGUACAUGAAUGUAUAUAUUUCUAAUAAUUAAAAUAUGUUUUGAAUUCCUGAAAUGUCCACCUUUUAAAUAUAGCAUGUACUCUUUGGUUGAUUCUGCAAAAAAAAAAAAAAUGUAUUUCAAUUAAGAAGCUAAAGAUUCUUGCUUAUUCCUUAUGUGAACAUUUCUCCCCUUUCCAUCAUCCCUCAACAUUUACAUAUAAAUGAUAAGUUUUGAUUUAACACACAAUAUUUUUUAACCUCACAGGGUCUUGUCUCUGAAUAACCAUCAAUACUCACAGAUAAUGACUAGCUGGUAACAAUUAUCAAUCUAUUAUUAAACUCUAAAUUUUUUACAAAAAGGAAGUAGAAAUGAUAUAAAGAAUGUUGAGUACUGAGAAGAGACUAGAUUUUACAGAAAUAAAGCCUGUGAAAAUGGAAAAUAAUUUAGUGAGUCUACUAUCUGACAUAUAUUAUUAAGUGCUCUCAUAAUUAUUCAGACCACAUCUGUCUUAAAGAUGUCUUGGCCUUUGAGGUGAAGAGUUAGUCUCCCAACAGUGCCAUAACAUAUAUGAAUAUUCAACUUGCCUAUUUCCAGAAAAUCUUUAUAUUUUUAUACUAUAAUUUUAUUUACAAUUUCUAUCUAAUUAUUCACUAGGCAUUAUUUGUAAUAACAUUUAUUUUGCUCUUUGGAAUCUCAUAGGACAAUCACAUUUAUAAACAUUCCCAAUAUUUGAUAUUAGCAGUUCACUAAAAUUUUCCUAGAACUUGAGAAUUAAUGUUUAAGAGACAACAUGAAAAUGUUUAUUUCCUGGUCAGGAUAUGUUUCCUUUUAAAAAUAACUUUUUUUGAUACUAACAAGAAUAUUGAUAAAAGUACCCUUUUCUAUAUCUUUUAUUUUUAAAAUUCAUAUUCACAAUCAAAUACAUGCAACCUGCAACUUAGAUUUCAUUCCCAGCCACCCAAAGUACUGGGUCAUUUUUGAAAACAACAUUUCAUUUAUCCUUCAAGCUAAAAUGGUGCUGACUUAUUUCAACUUGAAUGUAAAAUGCUUUAAGUCUUAGCUCACGGGUUAUAAACAAUUAAUAUAAAACUGUUUGCUGGGAACUAAGUGAGUGUCAUUUGGUAUUAUAAUGUUGUUAAUAAAAUUUUAAUUUCUCCCAAAUUUUUCAGGAAUUCUAUCUGUAAAACUUUUGUACCUUUUUGAAGAGCUUUUAUUUUAAAUGCCCAGACACUGGCUUUAUAUUCUUCUUUGCAUUCUCAUAUUCUUUUAUUAUAUGCCUAUACUAUGAUUGCAAUAUUAUAUAAAAUGCCUUGAAUAAAUGAUUUCAAGUGUCAA